CAGCAGCAUGGCCGUGUCCUCCCGGGCCGGCAGGCUGGUGGCGUGUCUCCUCAACGUGUCCGAGGCUCGCAGGACGGACGUGGUGGAGACCGUGGCCACGGCGGCCCUGUACAACGCUGAAGGCGGUAGACGCGAGGGGACCACGGUGCUGAACAUCUUCAACGACCAAGACUACAACCGCUCUGUCAUCACCAUCGUGGCCACCAUCGACUCCAUCAAGGACGCGGUCUUGGCUGCGUGCGAGCGAGCCUGCGGGCUGAUCGACAUGCGCGCCCACUGCGGGGGGCACCCAUGCAUGGGUGCUGUGGACCUGGUACCCAUCUACCCCCUGGGGGAGGAUGUGGGGGUGGAGGACUGUGCUACAGAGGCUCGGGCUGUGGCUGAGGGGCUCACAGAGCGGGUCCCGGGCACCAGUGCCUUCCUGUUUGGCUGGGCGGACUCCCCCCGUCAGCGGGGGCUGGCCCAGAGGAGGAAGGAGAUGGGCUGGUUCAAGAAGACGCCGGACAUGCAGUCCAUCAGGCCCGACAUUGGGCCGCAACCACGGCAACGGUUCGGUCUCACAGGCGUCGGGGCCGGUCCAUACGUCAUGAACUGCAACGUCACCAUCGACACCCAGGACGUGGCCGUGGGACGCAGCAUCGCCGCGGCCAUCCGGGAGUCGGCCCCGGGGGGGCUGCCGGGGGUGCAGGUGCUGGCUUUGCCACAUGAGGGCGCCGUGGAGAUCGCCUGCAAUGUGGAAAGCGUGAAGGGAAGCCCUACGGGGGACACGGGUGCAGGUGAUCCGUGGCCGUGUUUCAGCGUCGGCGGCCAGCUGUACCGCCAUGCGCCAGCGUCCCUGAUCGCAGCGAGGGUGGCCCAGCUGGCGGGGGGGCAGGGGGUCGCCACCACGGGCACCGCGCUGGUGGGGUUCACCCCCCGGGAGUGCAGGGGCCUAGCAGAGCUAGCGCUGUCCCGAGGGAUCGCUGAGUUCUGGAAGGAGCAGCGCGGGGUCCGGAUGUGAAAAUGAGUCCUUGUCAAAACCGGUGAAACCUCGUUCGGGACGGGAG